UUUUUAGCGAAAACACCGGCAUUGUUGUUACCUGAACUGAAUUAAAAAAUGUCCGUGGAAAUCCUUAAGCAAGGCGCCGAGGGACGCCUGUAUCUGGGCGAUUUUAAAGGAGAACCCUGCCUGAUCAAGGAGCGGUUCGUGAAGAAGUACCGCCACCCGGAACUGGACACCCAGAUUACGCGGCAGCGCAUGAAAGCCGAGGCAAAGGCGUCUGGCAGAUGUCUUGCCGCUGGGAUCCUGGCCCCAAAGAUUCUCCACUCGGAUCUCAACAGCCACAAGCUGUAUAUGGAAUACUUUGACAAAGCCAAGACGGCCAAGCAGUUUAUCCAGGAGACUGUGACCAACCAGGCCGAGGAUCUGGCCAAGAAAUCCCUUGUGGAGUUCUGCACGAGGAUUGGCGCAAUCAUUGGAAAAAUGCACUCCAAUCACAUAAUACACGGCGAUCUGACCACUUCCAAUAUCCUCAUCAAUCCAAAGGGCGGCGAUUAUGAUGUAAUACUGAUAGAUUUCGGAUUAAGCCACUACAAUCAGGCCACCGAAGACAAGGGCGUGGAUCUGUACGUCCUGGAACGGGCGCUAUUGAGCACCCACAGCGAGCAGCCGUAUCUCUUCGAGCACAUCCUCACCGAAUAUCGCAGGGAGUGCGGGAAGGAUGAGCAGGCCGUGCUGUCCAAAUUCGAGGAGGUGAGAGCCCGAGGACGCAAGCGGACCAUGAUCGGUUAACAAAUAAUAAAGUUUAAUCGAAGUUA